UCUACUUUUCUUUCUUGUGAAAUUAGUUUGGUUCAGCCACUCUCUCGGAGCAAGCAAGACCCAAAUGGAGAAUGAACGAAGAUGGGAGGACUUAAAUGUGGACUGUUUGGUGAAUGUUUUUGGAAGAGUAGGGAUGCAGUCACUACUCUUGGAUGUUCCCUUUGUGUGCAAGUCAUGGUACACAGCAUCCCUGAGUCCUUCAUGCUGGGAAUGUCUCAUUUUUCCUGGUGUUUUUGAUGGCUUUGACCUUCCAACUCUCGAUCUUUGGAGUUCUGAGGGUGAACUUGGAACCUUUAUGGAUAGGUUUCGAUGUAUAUAUCGAAUUGAUGAGGAUCGUUUCUCUGUCACUGCAUUUCUAAAGGUGGUUGUCAAUCGUAGCAGAGGGCAAGCUACUGUUGUCAGGCUACCUGGAUUUUGUUCCUUGGAAGCAAUGAAAUAUGUUGCAGAUGUGUGUCCUCGCCUGAAGGCUCUGUACGUUGACAAAAUGAUUGCUGAACUAACUGGAAAGUGGAAAGAUUUGGAGGAAUUGUUCUUGGGGAGCAGCAUUGGUAUUGAGAAAACUCUGUCAGAGAUCGGCAUUCACUGCAAGAAAUUUUGGCGUUUACAUGUGGGUAAUGCCUAUAUAUGUAAUGCUGAGGCAUUGGCAAUCGUCAAGUUGGUGCCUAAUAUUAAGCACUUGAGCUUGAGGCAGGCAGACAUUGAACGGGAUAAUCUUGUCACAAUACUACAGGGCUGCAAGGAGCUUGUGGCUUUGGAUGUCAGUGAUUGUAGAGGUUUUGACGAGGGCGAUGAUGAAAUAUACAAGCUUGCUUCUCAUAUUACUAAUUUCAGGUGUGAGGGUUCCUCUUCUAAAUAUUCUUCUGAUUCCGAUGAUAACCUUGAUCGAAAUCCUGUCUAUUUUUUUGGAUAUGAAUCUGAUUAAAACAGAGUAGUAGUAUGCUCUCGCAGUGUCUCAUUUUUUGCGUCCAUUGAAACUGAUCGUUGUAAUUUUACUUUGAAAUCUAAAU